CAGGGCCUGGUCAGUGAGGUUAAGACGUGCGCACGAGGGUCUGCGAUCUUGGGUUUGAGGCCAUCGCCCGAGGGAUCCUACCUCCACCGAAUUGAGGCCAUCUUCGGUAUUACGGAUUGAGGCUAUCUCCGUCAUAGGCAAUAAAUGUUAAGUGGUUUG